ACCCAGUAGUAUGAAAAUUUCCAGAAGACGAAACGGUAAAGCUAAUAAAGACACAGAUCCUGAGCAUUCGUCAAAUUCAAGUGAGGAUGACAGUUCAGUUGGAUCAGAAGAUGAUGGAAGUGAAAUUGAAUCUUUGAAAUCUGCAUCAAGGAAAGUCAAGAGACACAGCUGGCUACCAGAGGAGGAUAAAGCCAUACAAUCAUAUUUCAAGGAAGAUAUCAACGAUUUCGAAAACGAGGGGAAUGCAGGACCAUUACACGUGGCAAAUAAAAUAAAAAAAUUCCUUACCAAGAAUCCAAACAUUCUAAGGGAUUAUCCAACUGGGGAGAAAACCAAGAAGAUCAGGACAAAAGUGAUUAAUCUGAGGAGACAAAGGAGGCUGAAAUACAAGAAGGGAGUACAAAAGCUUUCAGUUUGAUUUUUUUCUGUCAAGGAAGUUUUAAAAAUAUACUGACACGCAAAAGAAAUGCAACAAGCAGUUAACAACAAAUGAAUUUUUCAUUGAAUGGUCUCUAAAAAAUGAAUUCAAUUUGUUAAAAUGUACACUCAAAAACAUCAGAGAUUUGUUUUAUUCGUUGAAACCUUUGAAAAAAACACAUGACUCUUUACCCCUCCGGCCAACCACUCAUUUACAGUAUGCAAGUCUACCAUGCACAACAACAGCUUAUUUGUAUAAUGCAUAAAUUAAGUUUAUAAAUCUAUUGAUUUGAGCAAUAAAAAUAUUCUUUUGAUUUUUUAAGUUCCCCUUUUCCUGAAGCUGAGGUCGGGUUUUCCUUGCUCUGGCACAAUGUAGUAACCCUUGGAAUUCUAGUCCCAGGAUCAUGAAAAAAACUUAAGUUCAACAUUAUACACACAGGCUUGAUGAGUCAUGAUUCUAUCUAUACCUUUAUUUUGAGAAUUUCCAUAUUAAGUGAUUUGCAAUUUGUAAAAAAAUGUUCUUACUUUUUAGAUCAGAGCUAUACUUUAUUUAG